AUGCCUUGUGCAUCUAAUUGCAUAAAACAGGUAGCCAAACUUUUGGCAGGUGAUGAGUUGAUAAGAUGCCAGCUAGAUCCUAACCACACAGUCACCAAAGAACAGGGCCCUCCUACUCAAGAGUUCUUUAGCCCCUACACACCUGACAUCCUGGCCAGCUGUCCCAUACCUUCUCACUCUGACUGGUCCUCAAGGUCACAAGAGUUGAUGUCACAAUUGGUGUCUGAGCUCUGCCUACCAGAUAGCCAUGGCCAGCCACUUCAGGUCAAACUAGACCACGAAGCUCCCCAGCCAGGAGCUACCAUGCUGGACCAUCCACCAUCUGGUCUUGCAUGA